AGCCAUUUUGUCUUUCCGUUGCUGCUGCCCGAGCUUCUCCCUCCCUCCCGCCGCCGCUGGCUGGGAAACUCCAGUUCCCCCCCCCGGGCCCAGCUCCCUCCGGACCCGCUGCCCAGGGGGGCCGCUGCCUUCAGCCUCCCUCCUCCUGCCCAACCGCUGGCCAGGUUGCCGCGGAUCGGCGUCUCUCGCCCCCUCCCCCCAGCGGCGCAUGCUCCGCCGGGCCCCCGGCCGCGCGGACACCCGGUAGCCCCUCCCGCCCUAGGGGCGCCCCUCAGUGCCUGGCCACGGGAUCCCCCAGCUCUUGGGGCGACGCCCCAGCCCCCCUCCCCACGCUGAGCGCCCGAGACGCCCCACAGCUCCCCAGGGGCUGGGUGCGGAGGGGGCGCCGGGUCCCAGCUGCCCCUACCGGGCUGAGCGGCUGAGACGCCCCGCGAAGGAAAGCGGGGGACUGGCUCGGCAGGGGCCCCGCCGCCCCCGGCAGCCGCGGAGCCGGUCCCGCCCCGCCCGGCGGCGCCAUGUCCAGCGAGGAGAGCUACCUGGCCAUCCUGCGCUACCUGACCAACGAGCGGGAGCCCUACGCGCCCGGCACGGAGGGUAACGCCAAGCGCAAGAUCCGCAAGGCGGCCGCCUGCUACGUGGUGCGCGACGGGAUCCUCUACUACCAGCGGCGGCAGCGGGACCAGCAGCGCUUCGCCGAGCUCGAGGUGGUGCUGCAGGCCGAGCGCCGCGCCCGCCUCAUCCGCGCCGCCCACCUCGGCCCGGACGGCGCCCACCGCACCCGCCUGCAGACCUGGCAGGGACUCUCGCAGCGAUACUGGUGGAGAGGUGUUCUUAAGCAAGUUAAAGAUUACAUUAAAGAAUGUAGCAAGUGCCAGGAAAAGCUAGAUCGUUCUAGAUCCCUGUCAGAUCCUUCUGAAAUGCUGGAGGAGCUAGGACUGGACACAAGAUCUCAUGAAGACAGUAAUGAAACAGAUGAUGAAUUAAGUAACACUGCAUCAGUCCCAGCUGCAUCACCAAAACCUGUGAAAAAGAAACCAAUAGCAAAACAUGAGCUUGUAUUUGUUGAUAGUAAAGGCCUUGUGAAGCAGUCUUCUUCAAAACAUUCUCUGUCAGUUUUAAACCAACUGAACCAGCAAAGGCUUUCCAAUCAGUUCUGUGAUGUUACUCUGUUGAUUGAAGGAGAAGAGUACAAAGCGCACAAAUCUGUCUUGGCAGCCAACAGUGAGUACUUCCGGGAGCUUUUCAUCGAAAAGGGUGCUGUCUCCAGUCAUGAAGCAGUAGUGGAUCUUUCAGGUUUUUGCAAGACAAGUUUCCUCCCUUUACUGGAAUUUGCGUAUACCUCAGUGUUAACUUUUGACUUCUGUAGCAUGGCAGAAGUUGCCAUGCUAGCACGGCAUCUCUUCAUGUCAGAGGUCUUGGAAAUCUGUGAAAAUGUGCACAAACAGAUGGAAGACAAACAAAUCACAGUGUACCAAAAGGGGGAUAUUCACACUGUAGAGUCUACACAGAGUUUACCGGAGCAGAAUGCAGUUGAAACACAGCCUGUGGAUAGUGUUGAACAGUCUUUACCUACAGAAGCGGUAAACAGUGAAGUAGUAGGAACUAUGAAUGGAACAUCUCCCAGUACUGGACAAGAGGAGGCAAUAGCACUGCAGUCUGACCCUCACACUUCAGAGCCUACAGGGGAUAUAACUGAUAGUCUUUCAGAGCCUACAGUACAGUCUGUUUAUAGUGAAACAACUGGAAAUGAAAUAAAAAUAGAAAUGGUACAGAGCAUUGCAAAUAACAUUGUUUCUGUCAUGCAGUCUGAGCCUCCAGUGGCAGAGGACAUGGAAACACGCUCUCCGACAGAAGUUGAGGCCGAUCAAAAUGAGAGCAGCACAGCAAAUGCAGAAAUCACUUCCGAAGAGUCUUUAGAAGCACUUAAGCAAAAACGUGGUGGGCCAUGUAAUGCAGAGGAAACUUCAGUGUCACAACCUGAGAGCAUCGUCUGCAGCCAAGAUGAUACUUAUAAAAGCAAACUUCGUCAGCGUUCUGUUACUGAGGGUGGAUAUAUCAGAUUGCACAGGGGAAUUGAGAAAAAGCUACAGAAUAGGAAGACAAACCCCAAAUCAGCAAUACAGCAGGUUGCCAUGAAGUUAGUGCAAAGAGGGAAGAAGAUGAAGCAGCCCAAAAGAGAUACCACAGAGAACAAUGAGGUGGAAGCUCAGAUCAAAUGCACUGAAUGUGGGAUGGUUUUUCAGAGGCGUUAUUCACUUAUAAUGCAUACACUGAAACAUGAAAGAACUAAAGAUUACAAAUGCCCGCUAUGUAAAAAAGAGUUCCAGUAUGGUGCCUCUCUACGUGCCCACCUUGUUCGACAUACCCGAAAAAAUGAAGUGAGCGCUGCAACUGCUAGUAUAGAAGAGACGGGAGCAUCAGUAGUGAAAGGCAGAACUAAGCGGGAGUUUAUAUGUGAUAUAUGUGGAAGAACUCUACCCAAGCUCUACGCUCUCAGAAUACAUAUGCUCAAACAUACAGGUGUAAAGCCACAUGCAUGCAAGGUCUGUGGAAAGGCAUUUACCUACAAGCAUGGAUUAAAAAUGCACCUGGCUCUCCACGAGACACAGAAGCAAUUCAAAUGUGACUUGUGUGAAAAGUCUUUUGUCACAAAACGGAGUCUUCAGGAACAUAUGAGCAUUCACACAGGAGAAUCCAAGUAUCUUUGCUCCAUUUGUGGGAAGUCUUUUCAUAGAGCCUCAGGACUUAGUAAGCACAUAAAGAAACACCAGCCAAAGCCUGAAAUUCGUGGAUAUCAGUGUACUCAAUGUGAAAAAAGUUUCUAUGAAGCUCGGGAUCUCCGGCAGCACAUGAACAAGCAUCUUGGUGUGAAGCCGUUCCAGUGUGAGUUCUGUGGGAAGUGUUACAGUUGGAAGAAAGAUUGGUAUUCCCAUGUGAAGUCGCAUUCUGUCACAGAUCCUUACAGAUGUAAUGUGUGUGGCAAAGAAUUCUACGAGAAAGCUUUGUAUAGAAGACAUGUAAAGAAAGCCACUCAUGGGAAGAAAGGGAGAGCAAAGCAAAAUCUGGAACGUGUGUGUGAGCACUGUGGAAGAAAAUUCACCCAACUGCGAGAAUACAGACGACACAUGAAUAAUCAUGAGGGUGUUAAGCCUUUUGAAUGUCUGACUUGCGGAGUAGCCUGGGCUGAUGCACGUUCCUUGAAGCGUCAUGUGAGGACACAUACUGGAGAACGACCAUAUGUCUGUCCAGUAUGCAAUGAAGCUUACAUAGAUGCCCGGACGCUACGGAAGCAUAUGACCAAGUUCCACAGGGAUUAUGUACCUUGCAAAAUUAUGCUGGAAAAGGACACCCUUCAGUUUCAUAACCAGGGGACGCAGGUGGAACAUGCCAUCAGUAUUUUAACAGCAGACAUGCAAGAACAAGAAACAGAGAUUAGCAUCGGCAGUGAGGAGAUUGAGACUGUGGUAGUGACAGGAGAAACAAUUGAAGCUGUUGCAGCUACUGAGGAAUGUACAUCAGUAUCCACUCUUUCUGACCAAAGCAUCAUGCAGGUGGUGAAUUACGUAUUGGCACAACAGCAAGGACAGAAAAUAGCUGAAGUUACACAAGCCAUUGAAACUGUAAAAGUAGAAGUGGCCCACAUUUCAGAAACAGAGUGAACACCAUCUCUAACAGAGAGCAAGAAGAGUGUAGUAUUGUCAUGUUACAAGCUAAGUAUUAACUGUGAGUAUUUGAGGCUUACAGUAAUACUGACUUUCAGAUACUGAAUCUCCUAUAUUGAGUUUCUUGGCUGCAGAAUGAUAUCGCACAAUGCACUGGUUUAAAAAAAAAAAAAGGUAAAAGUGCAGAUACUUCAGUACUGAGCAAGAGUUUGGAAGACUGAUUUCUGCAUCAGUCAUAAUCAAUUAGUACAGAAAGGUCUAAAAAUAAAACAUUUCCUGUGUAAUGGCAGUAAGUAUCAUGUUGUAAAUUUUUUUAUGAACUUUUACAAAGAAGCUGUGCUAGAAUUGUACAGCUGUUUCAGUAGAAUUUUGCCUUUGUUUUAAUAUGUAUUUCAUCAGGGUCAGUGAAUGAAGUUUAAGUGAUGGGUUCUGUCCUCUUUUCUUUCACUCCCCAAAUCAGGGGAUGUUGGACUGCUGUGGAGUGUGUGUUGCCUUGUGAGGGGCUGGAAACCUGUGGAAUGGGGUCUUUUGCCUUUAGGUAGACGUGCUAAUUGUGUAUAAAUCUACAAAGUGUGCUCCAGAAAUUUUGCAAAAUUAGCUUAAACUCCUCAGGACUGUGUGGCAGGUCAGUACACUUAAGGAUUCCGCAAACCGUUGUAAAAUGACUUGCAUAACCAUGUAACUGUAACCAAAUUUACUCAGUGAGGUCCAUUGGAAUCUAGGGGGGGGGAACUCUGUCACUGGCGAGCAGUUACUUCCAUAAGUACAAUGGGAUCAAUAGGGCUACGCAAAUAAGUAACCGCUCUUCAGUGUGAAUAAGGGGUUUAGUCUGGCCCUAUAUGUGCAACCCUGUUUAAUUUAUUUUGCUAAUUGUCAAUUGUGUAAACAAAGCUUUACACUGCUUCGUUGUACUUACCCAAGGCAGGCAAACUAAUGAUGGAUGUAGAACUCUUCUAAUUUUAUAUUAAAUUUAUGUGGAAAUUUCCACACGAAAAAAGUUAAGUGUAAUUGGGUGCAGUUCUUUGGGAAUGGGACACUGUAGAAAUCAUCAUGGAGAAUUGUAAUUGAGAAGGGGGGAUGGUGGGAGUUGUUAAUUCCAAAAGGGACAGGCAGCAGCAUUAGGAUUGAAUAAUAUGAAUGUCAUAAUAUCAUGUUAAAAACUAAAUUUGUGAUAAAUAUGCUGGAAAUCUCCAAAGGCUUAUUACACCACAGCUACAUGAAAACACGUGUAAGGCAGGCUGUUAACCCUGUUGCAUCUCCUCAUCUUUGUGGAAGAACUUUCAGUCUCUGUAGGUUAAUGUGUUAAAAUAAAAUGAAGUGGAAAUAUUUGUUUUAAUAUUAAAGAAAUCCUAUGCAAUGAA